GAGAGGAAUCAGGUGUGGCAGAACAGAAAGAUAGCUCUGGAAUAUCAAAGGUUUGGCCUGAAGACACAGAGCCGAGAGGUGAUCUGCCCUGACAUGAUAAGAUUUGUAAAUCUGUGUGUGAGGGAAAGCACCAAGCAGGUUUUAAGGAGGAUUCAGAGAUCGCUAAUUACAACGCUCCACUGCAGAUCUUCCCAGCUUUUGUGAAAAAAAAAAGCAAAAAGCAAAAAUAAAAUCAUCCAAAUCUUUCCCUAAAGUUCAGCUCUGUCAAGUCCUCAUGCUGGGGGAUGUUGUCCCAGGGUCUCAGCAGGGAGAAUCAGCUGCAGCUCUCUGCCCCACCACUGGCCCUGGGGAGGCCAUGGAUUUGGAAUGUCCAAUCUGCUACCAGGAGUAUAACCAGUAUAACAAAAGCCCCCGCAUGCUUGAGUGCCUCCACGUCUUCUGCACAGAAUGCCUGCAGAGGAUCCAGCUCAACUCCUGUGACCCCACUGACCCUGGCGGCAGCGCACAAGCCAUCCCCUGUCCCCUAUGCCGCCAUUUAACCCCUCUCCAUACCGGAAAUGCCCUUGCUUUACCCUGCAAUUCUCAAAUCAUGUCCAGGCUACCCCGGGUGGCCUUCCGGAUGCCUGCCACAGUUGCCACCCACGUGGCCACGGUUACACAGCGGGUAAUGCUCUCGUUGGAGGGCGGCAACAGCAACAGCAACAGCAGUGAUAGCCGCUAUAUCAUCAUGCCCACAGUCAGCCUGCAGGUCCAGCAGAUGCAUCCAGACAGGCCGUAUGGAACGGCUCCUGGCCUGGUGAGCGAGGAGGGGGUCAUUCAACAGAGCAGAAGGACCCUGAUGUGUGUGCAGCUCCUGGCCGUCAUCUUUUGGGUGCUGUUUGUGAUCACCUGUGUGGUCGGCGUGGUGUUUGGCCCACAUUUCUUUAACAGGCAUUUCUAACCGGUUACUUCAAUAACAGAUACUCAUAAAGACUAUUUUAAAGUUGUUUCUAUUUAGACUGUGAGAAAC